AUGCCUCGAUUCGGCUUCCUCAAAGACGACGACGAUGGCAGCAGCAGCAAGAGCAGUCUCUUCAGCCGCAAGAAGGACAGCCGUCAAGAUGCCAACCCCUACGCGCAGCAGGGCCAACAGGACCCGUACAUGGCGUCGCGAGGAGGACGUGCCGGUCUGCCCAGCGGGCCUGGUCCUCGGGGCCCGGCUCCUGCUUCCGUUCCUCCUUCACGUGCGAGUGCCAACGAGCCUCCGCCGGCAUACGGGAGCCAGGCACCGGCUGGCGGCCCAGCGAACGGGGGCUACAGUGCUGGUGGCUACGGAGCAGCAGGCGGCUACGGCAGCAAUCGCUACGACAGCAACAGCAGCGACGUCAAGCGGAUGAACGAGGAGACGCGGUACCUGCGGAACGAGACGGACCAGAGCCUGGACCGGUCGCUGAUGAUUGCCAACCAGACGAUCGAGACGGCACGGUCGACGAUGGCGCGGAUGCACAACCAGCGAGACCGGCUCUACAACGUGGAGCAGAACCUGGACCAGGCGGCGAACCACAACAAGAUUGCCGAGCACCGCACAGCCGAGCUGAAGCACUACAACCGCAGCAUGUUUGCCGUCAAGGUCAGCAACCCGUUCAUGUCGAAGCAGCGGGCGGCCGAGCGGGCGCAGGCAGCGCUGGACGAACACCGGACGGAGCGGCAGAUUCGCGAGGAGACGCGCCGCGCGGCCUAUCUGAGCAACCGCAACGCCGACGACGAGUUCUCGCAGCUGGACAAGACCAUCGACUCGUCGCGCCGCCUGGGCCAGAACCGCAAGGGCGUCUCCAGCAAGUUCACGCUCGAGGACGACGACGAGGAAGACAUUGCCAUGGAGCAGCGCAUCGACAACAAGCUCGGCCUCCUGUCCGGUGCUGUCGGCACGCUCAACGAGGCCGCCGUGGCCAUGGGCAAGGGCGUGGAAGAGGACCUGGUGCAUCUCGACCGGAUCAUGGCAAAGAGCGACAAUGUGGACGACGGCGUCCGCGCCAACAGAUACAGACUGGAGCGAAUCGAGAAGAAGGGUUAA